AUGUCGAAUGUGACUUGUCUCAUACGAUUUCAAUCUAAGGAGGAUGGGAGAACCUAUUUUGCCAACGUCGAUACGCCGCAGACAUUGGAAGGUGAAGUCAAGGCCUUCGGCACUUUUGAAGACCUGCAGAACGAUCGGAAUGGCAAGAAACUUACCAUCGACAAGUUACUUGCUCCCGUGCCUGAUCCUAAAGUCCCGAUAUACUGUGUCGGAUUGAAUUACAAGUCUCAUGCAAAGGAAGCCAGUCUCAAAGUGCCAUCGAAUCCUCCUUUAUGGACAAAGCCUGCUGCUUCCUUGGCCAAUCCCGACGAGGAUAUCCCAAUUAAUGACUUUUGCGCAAAAGCUUUCCCUGACUGGGAGGGAGAGCUAGUCUUCGUGACUUCAAAAGAAUGUCGUGACUUGACCGAAGAACAGGCCAAGUCUUACAUUCUCGGGUACACGAUUGGCAACGACCUUUCCUGCCGCAUGUUUCAAUUGCCUGAGAUGUCGUCUGGGCAGUUUUUCUACGCCAAAGCGUUCGACAAGUUCGCACCCAUGGGUCCAGUCUUAGUCAGCCCCAAGAUCUUCAACGAUGGUAAAGGUGUUCAACUCACUACCAAAGUCAAUGGGGAAGUGAUGCAGGACGUCGAAUACCUGAGCGAUGUCGUGUUUAGCCCGGCCAGGAUCCUCAGCCAUAUGAGUCAAGGAACAACCAUUCCGGCAUACACAGCGGUCAUGACAGGAACUCCAUCCGGUGUGGGAGCAUUCAGAAAGCCCAGACGCUUCCUCAGGCACAACGAAGUCGUUGAAGUCUCCAUUUCUAAUAUUGGAACCUUGAAGAACAAAGUCGUUUUCGAAUCAGACCCCCUCUCGGUUCUGCUGUUGCAAGACGUGGUCUAA